CAAGGCUCACUUACAGGAGGCUAGGCCCAUGGACGCGUUACCUCCCAGCUCUACUACGUAGCCCUCAAAAAAAAAAACGUAGCCGAGGUGCUUCGUGCUCCCGGACGGCGUUACUCAAAAAAAAAAAACUCCCGGACGGCGAAGGGAUGCAAGCCGAGGAAGACGCCGAGUUCGUGGGUGCGCGGGUGGAGGCCGGCCUCCGCGCCGCCCGCUUCUCCUCGCCGCCGUCGUCGGAGGAGUUCGCGGCCUCCAUCGAGCCCAAGAACGUCCCCGCCGUAUUCCGCGGCGUGCUCAAGGGGUCAGCCGCCUCCCCUCGGUGGGAUCCUCUCCAUGGUGGCCUCGACUACUUGCUGGAGAAGGUGGGGCCUGAUGUUGCGGUGGAAGCCAUGAUGUCGAGCACCGGGCACGUGUUCUAUGGGGAUCUCAGAAGUCAUGAGAGGGUUUCUAUCCCAUUCUCCACAUUCAUGCAUUCCUGCAAAUCUUACCUGGGGCAUCUGAAUGCUGCUAGUGAUUCGUCCAAAGAUAAAGGUAUUGGGGAGGAGCCAACUUGUUCAGGGGAAAUGUGCUCAGCUGGCUUGGAGAUUUCCGAGCAACUCUACUUAGCACAGGUGUCAAUCCUCAACACUGAGAACAAAGAGAGAUGCUCGUUAGAAGUUUUAAAAGAGGACAUUCAGGAGCCUAUAUUUCUGAAAGGAAAACCAUUUUCAUCAAUAAACUUCUGGAUGAGUAGGGCUCACAUGAGAUCAAGUACCCAUUAUGAUCCUCACCAUAACCUUCUCUGCGUGGUGGCUGGAUGCAAGAAAGUAACUUUGUGGUCUCCCUCCGCAUCCCCAUUUUUGUAUCCAAUGCCUGUAUACGGGGAGGCCUCCAACCAUAGCGGUGUCAGUAUUGAGGAACCAGACUAUUCAAGUUACACAAGAGCAAAAUACAUGAAGGAGUAUUCUGAAAGGGUUGUCCUAAAUUGUGGCGAUGCUCUUUUCAUACCAGAAGGAUGGUAUCACCAAGUAGACAGUGAUGAUUUGACCAUAGCAAUUAACUUUUGGUGGAAAUCAAGAAUAAUGACUGAAAUGUUAGAGCAUAUGGAUGCCUACUAUCUACGCCGAAUUUUAAGGAGAUUGGUGGAUACAGAGAUGAACAAAAUAGUGCAGAAAAAUUUCUUCAGACAUGCGAAAGAAAACAACGGUUUUCAGCCAACAGACAAAGAAUUGAGAGGCUCUGGGCAAUUCAAUUUGCACAACGAGGUUAAAAGUCAUGAUACAUCUGACAAGAAAGGUGCACGGGAUACAUCUGACAAGAAAGGCGCAGCUGAUACAUCUGGCAAGAAAGGUGCACCAUUGCAAUCUUUGGAACCCAGCACCCUACAAGCGCUUUAUGAACUCAUGUCAAUGGUUCAUGACAGUGUUGAAGCGGUUGACCAAAAUGACAUAGCAGAAUCUGCAUCUCAGGAUACAUCUUCCAGCCAAAGCAAUGAAAGAAAGAAGACUGCUGCAGAUGAUUCAUCUCUCUUGGAGAAAGACCCCGUUGCAAAAAUCAUUUUGCCAGUUGAACCACUCGAGUUGCGGAGUAUGCUACUAGCAAUGGUGCAUACUUUCCCAAGGACAUUAGAAGGUUUAGUCCUCAACAUACUUGGACCUACAGGAGCAGAGAUACUGACUAGGAAGUUUGACGAGAUGGAUCAACAAACCACAACAGAAGAACAGACUGAGUUCUACAAGACAUUCUACAGUGCAUUUGAUGACCAAUAUGCUGCAAUGGACACACUUCUCAAUAGGAAGGAACUGUUUUCUUUCCAGGUGUUCCAGAGUGUCCUUGACCAAUAUCUUAGGGUGCAUGUUGAUCGGCCUAGCUAAUGUGUCACGGACAAAUGCAUGGAUUGAGGAUAGAUCAUGGAGCUCGUGUGCAGCCUAGAGUUGCAUUGUUGAAUCGAAACUUGCUGUGGGUUCAGACUAGUGCAACAUGAGAUUCAUCAGUAGUGUCAAACUGUCAACACUGUCUAAGUGUAGUUGCCUUUGGUUGGAGCCUCCCAAGGAUCAUGUAUGAUAGCCGAUUGAAUUAUUUUGAUGUUUUAUCGUUCUGAUUUUUAAUGAUUUAGAUGUAUUAGGAGGUAGAGUACUUCGAGUGACUUGGUCUACGAAGCAUUCAGAAAAAUGUCACUCUGAAGCCAUCCUGUUUCCGCCAUCACAUUCAAAGAUAAAAGUGUAAACUGAGAGGCACGCAAGUCUGCAAGACAUUCUCUGUUCUAUGGCAGGUGCAAUAGCGGGAGGGUAUGUCCUAUGUUCUUUGUGUGCAGGUGAAGUGAUUCAUUUUACUUGUUAUGUGUAUCA